AUGGUGCGUUUACCUAUGGCCACGUCACUGCCUCACCUGCGCACCUCUGCCCUCCACAAAGAGAAGAGUUUUCACCCAGGAGCACGACCCUCUUGGCCCACCAGCCCACCUCUGCCCUGGGUUCUGAUCAUAACCAUUCUGCACGACCCAUCAACAGCAUUCUUUGCUCAAACGGCUAAUACUAGUGUUGCAGCAGAGCCUCAGGUCACCGCUUUCCCUGGCUCCAUCGUUUCUCCUCAACAGUCUCAGGCAUACCUCCUCAGCCCGGCACUUUGCAGCAGCAGGCCCCCAUCAUGGAACGGAUCACCCAACCACAGCUGGCCCCUCGAUGAACACAACAUUGGACAGUAA